AUGUUUGAACCAUCGUGUGACUUCGGUGGAACAUCUCCACAAUUCUCCAGCAAAGGCGGAUCAGAGACUUCAGGAGUUGUGGUUAAUAACUCAAAUUCCACUACAACUAUUGGGAGUGUGGCUUCUAUGCAGGCAUCAAUCGGCCAAGUUGGAAAUAAUUCUCUCACAUCUCUACAACAAUCUCACACAAAUCACCCUAUCAGCUCCUCGCUACCUGCUUGUGGAUCUGAUGAAAUCGAACAUGAUUCAGUGCAGACUCACGACCAUUCUGCCCUCGCAGUCACCCUUUCUUAUAACGUUCAGGAAGAUAGUGAAGGUGGAACUCUGGUUAAUACUCUCGAUUCUCAGAUGCUUGCUAACCGAUGUGUCACAUGUCUUCCUGUUGCUGCUUGUCUUCGUCGUGGAACAACCCCCAAAUCAGCUGAUUUGUGUUUCUCAACGGGUUCAGUACAAACCCCUCAGAGUCAGUCCUCGGGUCCAACAACUCCGAAAAAGAGACAUCAUCAUCACCAUAGGAAGCAUAGACUUCAGCCAAUACCUCGGUCAGGAGCAACGAGUGCUCAAGAAGUCGCAGCAAGAUACAACUUGAGUCUAGCUGAGUCAUCUUCGGGAUCAUCCAGUGAAUCUGAAUUUGAGUCAGAUGUAUGUUUAACCAGUGCAGAGACAAGUUCAUCUAGUAAUUCGUCACGCCGCGGUGACGAUGAAGUGGACACUCAAGAACAACAACAUGGUUUUAGGAGGCUCCUGGGUUCUUCAACUUCAAGUGCAGGAGCGAGUGUAUCUCUACGACCAAUUCUGUCAGGAUUCAAUCAACACCAUUAUCGAUUACACCAGAACUGGCGGGAGGAGGCCGCUAUACCACCUGAUAAUCGACGAAACUCUCCCGCCAGACAAUUUCUUGGAACUCCAGAUGGGAAAUCGAUGACGGCGGCGAGUCAUGGAUGGCUGGCAUCAGCUAAACGCCUCACUAGCGCUCUAUCAGAAUCUCUUACACGAAGGGCUCUAUCUUCAAACUCUUCUACAUCUUGCAAACCAUCUCCAGCUUCUACC